AUGCCAGAUCGAUUGAUUCAAGCGUGCUGCACUGACUUCUUGGAAAGUUGCAUCCGGAGCAAUGGCUUCACCCUUGAACGUGAUCAUGAAGCGCCCAUCGACUCCCAACUUGUGCACGACUUGCCAAGCAGAGGCACGAAUGUUGCUGUCCUAGAUCGAUGCGCUGGUACCCAUGGUCAUUUCGGCAAACACAUCGAUGUGUUGGUCGGCGUGAAAUGUCGUUCUGAAGUCGAAUUCGCCUGGAGAGUCAUGUGGGAGUGUCCAGUUCGCCCGCAGCAGGCGGAGGUAUUGGGUCCCAGUCAUGGGUUUUGCACAAUGUCGAAGCCGACCAGGGAACAAAAUUUUCCUAGCAGAAACGGCGAUUUUGGUGUCGUUGCACACGUAACUAAAAGACGAGAUGGCUGGGUCGUCAUCCUAUGGCGAAUCGACUGA